UCUCUCUCUCUCUCUCUCUCUCUCUUCUCCAAACCUCUGCAAAACCCCUCUGUGUAUUAGGAAUGGAAGUAUCUAGUUCAAACGGAUUGAACAGUGACAUUGAAGAGAAGGCAUUGAACAGUUUGCUUGACGUGUUUGGUUCUAUGUUUACUCUACAAGAAAUAGCUUCAGCUUAUUGCAAUGCUGGACGAAAUGUAGACCUGGCGGGUGAGUUUCUUUUUGACCAGCAGGCAAGCGUCUCAACCUCCACUACCCAGCCACCUAACGGUGAGGCAAGGUGUAAAGAAUCGUCAGAAUCAAUUAAUAUUAAUAUUUCGGAGCCUUUAUAUGAAGCAAAUGGAAAGUUCAGAGCUUCAAAGACAAAAGGGCGUACAGUUUCAGCAGGCACUAUUUCUAGUGUUAUUGGUAAAGAUUAUGCUGAAGUUGUUCAGCCAGCUAAUGGUUCUUGUGUAGCAACCAAACCAUUGAAGUUGGAUUUGGAGUUUCCCAUGUCUGAAAUCUGGGGAGAAGAAGCUAAACCAAAUCCCCCAAAAGAUGACCUUCUACCCAAGGAUAUGGAAGAUUUUCUCUUCAAAUUGCUUGGAGAAGGGUUCCGGAUGGAAAGGGGUGUGAUUCGAGAAGUUCUUGAGAGUUGCGGAUAUGAUAUGAAAAAGAGCAUGUUGAAACUACUUGAUCGUUCAGAAGAGACUUCGGACAGGAGAACGGAAUCUCUUGAUAGAUCCUCUGAGAAGUUGACGGAGCAUCCAAAUUCCAAAGGACUUGAUUCUCAAAGAAACUUGCAACAGCAGAAUUCUUCUGGAUGUAGUGGAGAUAACGAUGCCAAUAAAAGUGGAACAAAAUUGCCUAGACAAUCGAAAGAGAGAAAUGAACUCCAGAAGGAAGUUUUGGCUGCUUUGUUUUAUGCUCCUGAAAAAUUUGAGGAAUUGCCUAAAAGAACACAGAAGGCUGUGGCUGUCAGGAGGUCUAGAGCAUUCGGAACUGUGGUCAGUGAACCUCCUAGUGACUUUAUACCUGAGCCCAAGGCUAAUGUGUUUCCCUGGCAAGAAGACAGCACAAUAGUAGUUGCAGAUGAAGAUGAGGAUGAUGGCUACCAGGCUCUCCGUAAAGCUGUGAUGGAAAAUAGGGGCAUGAGGAAAGAAUAUUACAAAGCUGCUGUUGCUGCAUUCGCUAGCGGUGACCGUGUUCUGGCAGACCAACUUAUGGAAGAGGGACAUCGUUAUCAUGAAAAGGCGCGUCAGGCAGAUGAUGAAUCUAAUCAGAAGAUUGUUGAAACUAAAAAUGCAGAGACAGAAAGCAACAUGCUACUUGACUUGCAUGACUUUGAAGCAAAGGAGGCUAUUCGUCUUUUGAGAUGUCAUCUUUCAAGAAUUUCGGGCAUCUCAUCAUUCAAGUACCUCAAGGUCAUCCUAGAGACAAAUGAUGCAGACAACAAAAAGGGAACUCGUCGACGCCAGGUUAUGAAGCUACUAGACAAAGAAUCCAUUGAGUGGAAUGAAGAAGGCGGCAAUCCUGGAACAAUACUAAUUCGUAUAGAUAUAAUCGACCCAAAACGUUUGAGUUUUGCUAAGAAGUAGUGUUCAGCAUGGAAUCAGGUUGGUUUCUCAAAAUCUAUCACUAUUAUACAAAAUACAAAGAGGGAAAGGUGAUGGUGUGAUGGGUAGUACAUAUAAGAAGCUCAUUUGAUACAUUGUAAAGUUUCAAGGAGCACAUUGUUUGACUCUCAAUCAUUUUUGUAAGUUCUGGUAGAUGGAUGAAGUUUGAAGUGGCCUUGUUUUUUUUAUUUGUCAUGAAACAUUGGUCGGUGCUUGUUUUUGCAAAGACACUUUAGUUCAGUUUUGGCCUUAUCUUGCAUUUAGCUCGUGUAAUUUUUGCAUAAUCUAUUUUGUUUUCUGACUGGAGCUUUCUCCUGUA